AGCGGUGUCUGCGCAAUUACGCACAUGCGCACUGCGCGUAAUCUCAGCCAUUUUUUGAAGGAAACUAAUUAGCAGGAAUAAAGAGCCAAGUGUUUUUCCUCCCACAGUGAUCAGAACUCAUUCUACCUCUGGAGCUCGCUCAACCCCUCCGUGCCCAUCUUCCGUUUACUACAGCCUAAAUGUAGCUUUAAUUACACCGUUGUUUAAUAACAACGUGGACCCCGCUGCUCCCUCUCUCCUCUCUCUCCGUUUUUUCCUUCCUCUUCCUGGCUCCGUAAAAAUCGCAAAGGAUCAUUCAUAAGGAAUGAGUGGAGUCUUCAUGCGAUUGCUUUCUGGACUACCAGAGGUUUCGGCGUGCGGAGCUUUGUGCCAGAGUCGCUGCAGAAAUGUGGGCUGGUAAUGUGUGGCAGCUGUAGCCUCUGGUAUGGACACCGGUGAGGGAGGAGGAGGGGAUGGAGGGGGAGGAGAGGAGAGAGAUGCUGACCUCAGUCCCCAGGCUUUAUCUCUUCCUCUCCUGACCCAGGCGAUCGUUCCGGAGCAGGGGUCACCCUCCCGUAUCUCAGCCAUGGCCCCUGCCAAAGAGCCCCUGACCCUGCCUCAGCAGGGGGAGGUGGGCGCAGAGGGGUCCCAGGCUAGAGAAGGAGGUGGGCAAAAAGAAGGAGGCCAACAUUCGCAGGCGGAGAAUGAAGGGCAUCAAAAGUAUGGGAAGAAAGAGGACUUUAUGGAGGGAAGUUUGUCAGGGCAAAGGAAGGGAGAAGGAAAGGUGCAUGCAUGUGUGGGAGAGGCUUCAUUUAAAGGGGGCCUCCCAGCAGCCCUCAGCAACAGAGGCGGAGAGGAGGAGAAGGAAGAGGAGGAGGCCAUCUCAAACCAAAGUCAAACCAAAUCCAAAUGUUCUUUAUUACCUCAACAGAGCCAGCACAGCUCUUCUUCCAGCACUGCAAAGGCCAGUGGCACACUCGACAGCAAAACAGCCGCCUCUCCAAAGCCCUCCAACCCUUCUUUUCUUUCUCCAAAGCCCUUCCCUUUUUCUCCCACCUCUCCAAAGCACUUCAGUUGUCCGUCCUCCUCUUCUGCCCUGCUGAGUGAGACAGAGGUAAAAGACAUUAAGGGAGAUCAGGGCUGGAUUUCUGGGUUUCAUCAGAGCUUUAGAUCCCAGCAGUCUUCUAUGGCUUUUCCACUAGUGGGCAUUGAGCCCGCCAGUUCACCUGCUGAGGAUGAUGUGCCGACAGGGGUUCCUCACUCUUCCAUUUCCAGUGGAAAUGGUGCCAAAGCUCCAGAACCAAAUGACAGCCAGCUAGAUACAGUGGUAGAUGAAGAGAAAGACAAAGAAGAAGACCAGAAAGAUGCUGUCCUUAAAAACCUCAACCAAGACCUUUCUCCUAACUCGCUGACCAGUCACAUGGCCAUAAUGCACUCGCGCAAUUCCUGCAAGACUCUGAAAUGCCCCAAGUGUAACUGGCACUAUAAGUCUCAGCACACCCUACAAGUCCACAUGAAGGAGAAACAUCCCGAGACAGGAGGUCAGUGUGUGUGUGGCGUCUCUGCGGGGAAGUGUGUGUGUGGUGGUGCAACACGAGACGUAUGUGCCUACUGUAGUUCGGGGAAACCCCAUCCUCGUUUGGCCCGAGGUGAGACCUACGCCUGCGGCUAUAAGCCUUACCGCUGCAAGGUGUGUGACUACGCCACGUCAUCGAAAGGCAACCUCAGCAUACACAUGCAGUCCGAUAAACAUCUUAACAACGUUCAAAGUGGGGGGCAUGCAAAUGGCCCCGUGCACGCUUCUCUCAUUACCAACAACAGCUCCUCCAACGGUCAAGCAGCAGAUGAGCAGCAUUACAACAAGCUUCCACUCUCUGUUGCAUCACCGACCGCUCAGCCCAACAAGGUCCCACCACCUGCACACUCCCACUCUCAUGGUAAACGGUGGCGGUGCGACGUGUGUGACUAUGAGACCAGCAUUGCGCGCAAUCUGCGCAUACACACCACCAGCGAGAAACACACGCAUAACAUGCUACGGCUUCAGAGGGGUUACUAUCUGUCUCAGUGCAGGAGUCUUGCUCCACAUCUCAAACACCUGCAAAACCCAGGUGCUGAGCUUUCCUUGAGCAUGCGUUUGGCCAGUCAACAGGUCGCAGAACAACAACCAGUAACCUUUGGGUCAACUCUCACUCCAUCCCCCUCCCCCUCUCCCUCGCCUCCUCCAGCUCCAUCUUUGUCCCCUAACGGACCCCUCUCCCAGGGUGUGUUCCAAUGCCUCGUCUGCUCAUGCUUUUCAUCUGACAGCUUAGAGUCUGUAGAGCAGCACUUGAAUGCUUCCCGCUCAUUGCCCCAGUCAGAGUGGUGCUCCCUUGUCGCGGGUGGUUGUCACUGCAGGCUGUGUGGAUACACCACCCCGCUGAGGGCUAACUUCUCCUUGCACUGCCAGACUGAUAGACACCGCACCCGCUACCAGCUUGCUGCUCACCUCCAGGAGGGCGGAGACAGGGGUCAAGAGGGGGCUGCCCUCAUUGCUAAGGGCAACCCUGUCCAGCUGCGGUGCAACCUGUGUGAUUUUGUAACCAGCAGUCUGGAGAAGCUACAGGGGCAUUCCCUCACUUCACAGCAUGAAGCGAGCAUCCGGGUUUACCGAUUCUUGCAGCAGUAUGAUGGUGAGGUAGAUGGAGGUUCGUGGCUGUUCCAUUGCCUUCUAUGCAACCACUCCUCUUCAUCUAAACUGCAAGUACUAAAACACAGCCAAACUUCGGCCCAUCAGCAGAGGGAAGGGCUACUGCAACUGCAGCCAAUGGGUGGGGAGGAACUGGCUGCCAUUUUCACCAUCAGAAAAAGCCCAGAUGGCGUCACGGAUGAGCUUAUUGAGGACAUGGAGACUUCCAGUGUUAGCAGCACUGAUCCUUUGGACACCACCAAAGACACGAGUAACGUGGGAGAAAAGAUUUCUGAGGAGACAGAAAAAACAAAGGCAGAGGAAGGAGAAAAGGAAGAGUCUUUACCCUCGUUAAAGCGUCCAUCCCCAGGAUGUGGGGAAAUGGAUGACUCCAUUGUAACCAAACGUCCAAGAACACACCAGCAAAAUGAGAACCAGCAGACUGUCCAGUGCCCUUUGUGCCAGGUUAAACUCGCGCACACACACCUUCGACAGCAUCUCACACACGUGCACAAUGUGGCGCAAGACUGCGUAGACAAGCUCAUCAGUGCGGUUACACCAUCUUUAGAACAAGCCCAGCCUCCAUCAGAGUCGCAGCUUCAGGCAGAUUUACUUCUAGAUGACAUCCAGAAAAAGAAAAUUACAAAGAAUAACAACUGUUCCUACUCUGCAGAUUCAAAUGCCUCAGCGGAUUCACCGAAAAAUAAAGGAGUCUUGGUGGAGAAUGCUGAUGGAGACAUAGCCACACCCAAAGAUGUCACAGCUCUUCUCACCCCACCCCUAGAAGACAACAACACUCAUCCCUUCAAUGGCACACUGGCUCUUCAGUCCCCGACUCAGACGCCUCCCUCCUCUCCACCUACCUCCCCACCCAGUGAUCCCCUCCCAUUUUCUGAUCGUCAUGGUUACCGUUUCCGUUGCAGCAGGUGCAGUUUAGCAUUCCCCACUCAGAAGAAGCUCCAGCUGCACUGGCAGUACCAUGCCAUGAGGGCGGCGACAGAGUGCCCCCUUUGUUCUAGACAAUGUCGCAGUCAGGAAGCCCUGCAGAGACACAUGCAAAACGCCCACUCACAGCAGGACAACACGCAGGGACAGAGCACACUCUUGCCACAUCCCACUGUGCAAUACAUGGAGCAUAGUACGAAUUCAGUUCAGCAGGACUUUACUUUAUCACCUCAAGUGGGUCAAGAAGCAGGAGAGGAUGAUGAUGCGGAGCUAGACGAAGAAGUUUUGGGCAUAGACGAAAGGGAGGAGCAAAAAGAGGUUGAUAUUAAAGAGAAGGAAGGGGCCUCGGAAGUUGGUGGAGUCGAUGAGAAUUUAACUGAUCUUGAUAAAGGGACACAUGAGGAGAUUGUAUCAGAACCUAUUUCCAGCUCAGCUGUCAAAAAGAGCUCUAACCCCACAAUGGAUCGUUAUCUAGAUCCAUCCAGACCUUAUAAAUGUGCCAUAUGUUCAGAGUCCUUUACCCAGAAAACAAUUCUUCUGGUCCAUUAUAAUUCUGUGUCCCACCUCCAUCGGGCCAGACGAGCCCUGCAAGAUUCUGGUGCAAGUGCUGCAGCCCCAGAAACACCACGUGGCCCUGAUGCUAGACCCUAUCGCUGCCGGCUGUGUGGAGUGGGUUACAGUCAGAGUUCUACACUGGACAUACAUCUUCGCUCAGUUCUUCAUCAGACUAGAGCACGAGCUGCCCAGAACUCCACACAGCAGAGCUCUGCAUCAACUUUAGCUGUUCCAACGUCAACACCCACCACUUCUGCCCAGGCUGCCACCUCCAAAGAAGAAACAUCCAAAAGUUUGUCUGUGGCCAAGAAACUAAAUGGAGUAAGCUGUUCAACUUCUUCAGUAGUGAGCCUUGGCUUAUUAGCUGAAACUCAGCCACCUCUCUCUGAUCCAAUAGAUUCCCAGCAGGCAAAAAAGAAAGUGGCAGAGCUUCUAGCAUCAAGAAAUCAGCUAAUGCUACUGCAGCAGCAGCAGCAAAUAGCCCAAGCCCAAGCACAGGUACAGGCACAGCUCCAGCAGCAGACCGCAUUGCUCCAAUCCCAAGCAAUCCACUCCUUAAGCCCAGAGAACCUCCUCAAACAGCACUUCUCAUUGGUGCCUGACAACCUACUCUCUCUUCAACAGCAACUUCUUCUACCAUUUUACCUGUCAGGGGAUGUAAAGCUAAACCCAGAUUUAACUAUUAAGAGCUCCGAUUUUGGUCACCUAGUAUCUCUGAGCUCACUUCUAAAGGAACAGGUGAAGGCAGAGGCUAAAACCGAGUCCCAUGCAGAUGGCAAAGAAACCAAGAAACCUUGCUCAAAGUCGUCUGUUAACCAACCAUUGGAUCUUUCACAGAAUGAAGACACUGUUGAUGUGUGCAGUGGAUCCUCCAAUGAGCAGAAGGGAAAAGAACAUUUUAAUUCUGGUUCUGAGGAGGACAAAGAGGAUGUACACAAUAGUGAUCAAAACAAAAAUUUGAAGACGGAAACAGUUUCUUCCUCCUUUGCUGUUCCUCGAUCACAGUGUCCUCCUCCCAGAGUGCCCUAUGCUGCUGCAAAUGGGGAGCCUCUCAAAGCGUUGCUCCAGAGUUACGGCUACGAGAUGGCGUUGCAAUAUUUACAGAGCAGACACAGACACCAGCAGCAGAUACUACCACCUGUUAGUUUAUGUAAAAUAACAAUGUGCUCUCAAAUCAAAAGGGAUGGUUUUAGUCAGCUGCAGAAAGAAAAGUUAGAAGACUGUAACAACAAUAAUAAAGGAGUGGAAGAGAAUGAGGAGAAAAAGGUGACUGAAAAUGAGCCACCAGCAAAGCAAGAGAAAAAAUGCUGCGAGACCGGAGAAAAGUGUCGAGACUGUGGCAAGUUGUUUUCAGAUGCGUUGAUUUUAAAAAGCCACCAAGAGUACAUUCACAGAACUCUGUUCCCCACUGCCGCUCUGGAGAAGUUUUCCAGAGAAUAUAGACUACAAUACGAUCAGAUGUAUCCCAUUGCUGAGUCUAAAUCUGUGGAAAAUUUAAAUGCUUGCACACAAGCUUCAGCUCCAACCUCAACCCCAGACAAAUGCACAGAACAAGAACCCACAACAGAAUCGAUGAAAUCUCAAGGGAAGAGCCUUGAAUCCCCACCUCUGCUGUCAGUUUCAGACUCCAUUGCAAAAGUAAAUGAUACCACUCAAUGUUUGAAAAAUACUCCUGGUGCUUCUUCUCAGUCUUCCUCUUCUCAACCACAAGAACCUCAACAACAAGAGGCACCAGUUCCAGGCUCAUCCACUACAGCUUUGUCUCAAAUCACAACCCCUCUAACGCUUCCUUUACCUAAACUACCUAUGCUUCCUUUGUCUUUGCCUCAGCUUCCCUUACCCCCCUUAACCAUACCCAAGCUUCCACUUCCACCAAUUCCUUUUCCAAUGGAGUUACCGCUCCUCCCUCCAGUUGUGAUGCAAUCUAUGGCUCUCCAGACUCAACCUUGGCUGGAUUCAAGUAUAAACCCCGAGCUGGCAAAACUCUAUCAGGCUCAGCUAAAUCCAGCACUACUUGGACAACAACCACAGCUUAGCCCUGCUUUGCUUGCUCCGCAAUCUCAGCCCAGCCCUGCUUUGUUAGGCCCUCCGCCACAACUUAGCCCUACUUUGUUGAACCAUUCAACCCAGCCAACACAAACCGGACAGCAAAGUCAAAUCAGCCCAAGCAUUCCUGAACAACAGCAAGGUAAAAGAACCCGAACAAGAAUCUCUGAAGAGCAGCUGUCUGUUCUUAAAAACCACUUUGAUAUAAAUAGUCUUCCUAGUGAUGAAGAAAUCAACAAGAUGUCCGCUCUGUCAGGACUGCCUCACAAAGUAAUUAAACACUGGUUCCGCAACACGCUGUUUAAAGAGCGCCAGAGAGACAAGGAUUCCCCUUACAAUUUUAAUAAUCCCCCAACCACUGCCCUGGAGGAGUCCAGGGAGGAUGUAUCAAAAAAACAGUGUUUGACACUUUCCCCAUGUUCACCGUCUCCAGGCCUGACAACCAACGCUUCGCCACCAUCGCAACCAGUAGGAGAGCACCACAGAGGCAGACGGUCUUCCAGAACCCGCUUUACCGAGCAACAGCUAGAAACACUUCAGGGGGUGUUUGAAGCCACUCCUUACCCCAGAGAGGAGGAAUACGACAGGUUGUCUGCUCUUUUGUCCCUUCCUAAUAGAGUGAUUGUUGUAUGGUUCCAAAAUGCAAGGCAGAGAGCCCGCAAAAAUCAAGACCGUGGAGCGGAUGAUGGAUUGGACGGGAAGAACCAGCUUGACAAUAUAGACGGGGAGAAAAAUGGCUCUUCUAAGACUGAUGUUAAUAAUCAGGACAACAACUAUGAGAAUGAAGGACAAGCUGACUCCCAGAAUGAAAACUCUAUGGAUCUGACUUAUGAAUAUUACACCCACCCUGAUUCACCUGCCCUUGAUUCUUCCACUUACUCAGAAAGUGAGCAUACAACACCGGGAAAUGAACAAACGUCCACUGCAAGGAAGCAAGAAGACAUAGUAUCUUGUCAGGCGAACAGUAACCCAGCUCCUGUUCAUACUCGAAACAAAGUUUUAGACACCGACAUCCACCAGAAGGGAACUUCUCAGCCUACUGAAUCAGGGUCUUGUCAGCAACCUGCAAGUCCACCAGAAAAACAUCCAACCCUUAUUGCCUCCUCUUCGCAAAAGACACUCUCCCCCAUUUCGUCUGUGUCUCGUUCUGACCAGAGGAGUGCACACAGUCCGGAUUGUGACCAAUCUUUUGAAAAAGUUGCUGAGUCCUUGCCAAGCCCGCCCUCUUCUUUGGAGUCUGAAGAAAUUCCCACUCGGUUGACUGAUGCCACGGCUUGCCUCUUCACUGAGACCCAGCCACAGCUCAAAGCCCAGGCUCAGUUCCAGUGUAGUCUCUGCCCAUUGUCCUUGCCAUCAUUCCAACUUUGGCAAGAACACCAAACCCGACACCUCCUAGCUGCCCAGUCUCAAGUACAGCUCUUUCACCAGGGAUUCACAGACCGAACCAUGCCUUACAUGAUGCUUCAUCCUAACCACACCUUAAUGGCCAGCCAAAUGCUGUCAGGGGCUAUGUCCCAGAUACCCCCCAAUCCCACACAUCCCAUGAUUUCACACUUGAACAACAUACAAAUGAAAAGCACAUUCUCAGAUCCCUCAAUUAGCCCCCUUAACAAUUCACUGACCACCUUAAAGCAGAGUACAAAACAUGCAUCUGAGAACAGUAGUGAAGGGCAAAGGGGAAACAGGGAAAUUGAAGAUGAACACAGACGGGAUAAACGUCAGAGAACUACCAUCACUCCAGAACAGCUUGAAGUGUUGUAUCAGCGCUAUAGUUUAGACUCAAACCCCACAAGAGGAGUCCUCGAAAGCAUUGCACGAGAUGUGGGUCUCACAAGACGUGUGGUUCAGGUAUGGUUUCAGAAUACACGAGCAAGAGAGCGAAAAGGACAGUUUCGGUCCGUAGGACCAGGAACGAGUUUUACCUUAGGCCUGAACCAUCUUCGCUGCCCUUUCUGCAGGGCUCUCUUCAAAGUAAAGAGUGCUCUUGAUGCCCAUAUAAGGUCCCGCCACUGGGCGGAGGCUGAAAGAGCAGGCUACAACCUAUCAGUAGGCAGUGGAUCCAAUGGACAGACUGUGAUGGCGAUGUCAUCUGUUAUGGAAAGACCAGGUCCAUCCAUUUCCUCCAAGUCCAUUCCAAAUCCUGGUUAUGAAAUCACCAACAAAGAUUUGACUAUGAAGCUACCGGUGGCAUCUUUGUCUUCAUCCAUAAUGGUAAAAAACCAUGAAGAGAAUGUUGAAUAUGAGGAAGAUGAUGAGGACUUCCCAUGCGAAGAUAGUUCAAGUAUGACCGACCAAGGUUUGCCCAGUCCUGGAGUAUCUGGGGAUCUCUGCUCAGAUUGGAGUGAAACUCUAACGCAGCAGCAGCAGCAGCAGCGUCAAAGGACACAAAUGAGCCACUUCCAGGUACUCCAGCUCAAAGACUUCUACAGGAACCACCGCACACCAAACCGCCUUGAGUGUGAAAGACUUGGCCGGGAGUUGGGUCUUCCUCCCCGUGUGGUACAGGUUUGGUUCCAGAAUGCCAGAGCGAAGGAGAAAAGGGCCAGGAGCCUGACCUCCGACUCUGCAGAGCGGGAGCAGGCUGAUCUGUCAGCAGGUGCGGUGGAGAGAGACAGAGCGUAGAAAGGCAGACUGCUUCCUUCAAAUAUGCUCCCACCAAAAUGAUUUCUCCAACUGCUGUUCAUCUUCACAAAUACCCUGCCUACUUGCUGCCAAACCAAUAACCUGAACACCCCAAAGACGCAGAGCUGCAGUGGCCCAAAGAGAAACUCUCUUCAGUAGUACUGGAAAGCCCAAACCCAAGUUCUCUUUACCACAGCUUUCCUCUUUUCAUAUUUUUCUUAAACUCUUUACUGGUUUGUCUUUUCUUGUUGAAACGAGCUCCUCUCCUUGAUCACACCUUGCUACACCAAACACCGACUCGAUUAAAAAAAAAAACACACACACACCAUGCCACAGAGGCCAAAGAGCAUUCUCCAAGUAUGUGACCUCACUGCCCAGCUAGACCUGCAGUCUACCUCUCAGUCUGCAUGACAGACUCACAGUGGGCCCUCCACCAGACCGUGCUAGAUAACUAGCUGUGUAGCAUGUAGUUCCAGUCUGUACAAGGCUGGAAAACAAACCGUCAAAGAGAUUUUAGUGUAAAUAGAGAACUCCAAAAAAAAAAAAAAACUUGAAGAAAAACAAAGCAGAGUGGAAGAAGACGAAGAAGAAAAGGGGAAAAAAGAAAACGGAUUAAUAUCCUUUAAAUGCGUAAGGGUAUUUGCAUAGAGCUUUUGUAAAGACUGUCUCAGAUUCCAAAGCUCAUAACCAAAAUUUUACAUGUCUGUUGAUUUAAUUUUUGAACGUGUUUGUUUUCAAUGACAAACUGCAGAGCGGACGUCUGUAUGGUGAAGGGGUGAGAAUUGCAGCCGGCAUAGGUAAGCUGAGCACCAAUAGACUGUGGUGGUGCUAGAAUGCUGCUUCACCUCCUAAAAGCCAAUGAUGAGUCUUCUGUUGUACAUGUACUCCUUGUAUGUUCCUUUAUUGAAAAACAACCCAAAUAGCACAGUUGAUAAAAGGCCAGUUUGUCCUGAAAAGGGUAAACUAUUUUUAUAGCACUCAACCAUUCUACUGUAAAUGGAAACUCUAACCAAACUCAAAUUUGCAUUGUGUGUGUUUAGUAAUAGUUUAUUAUGAAAUUUUAUGGAUCGACAUGAACUGUCUUGCUUCAAUAUAAUAAUGUCAUGAUGACGAAAGUAUUGUGACGGCUUUCGUACGUUCAGGCAAGAAGACUUACUGCCUUUCCAUUCUAUUUGAAUAUACCAAUGGCUUACCAAUGUUAGGUGAUGACUGUAAAGCUUUCGAUGCUCAGAUCAACUUGGCUCCACUUCAGAUGUGACUUAAACAUGACAACCGUCUGUUUUUCAAACAAAAGAGGCCUGGUUAAAAUUUGAACUAAGCUUUACGUGAAAUCUACACAAAACCUCUCAGUGCGUCAAAGAUCUGAGCUUUUCACCUCUGAGUGAUUGUUACAAAAAAAUCUUAUUGAAACUAAAGUGUUUAAUAAUGUGAGGGGGUAAAUGUACAGUAUUUAGCUUUUGUAUGGUUGACUCGAGACUUCAUUGGAUGUUUGACACUUAGCUCUCUUUUCCACAUAUAUUGAGCUUCUCCGCAAAGUAGAGGAAAAACUUUGGAUGUUAUUGAUGUUAUUUUUGUACACUUAAUUUAUUCUCCCUUUCCCCUCCAUGCCUACUUUUCUCUUGUUUCUCUCUUGCAAUUCUUCCUCUGUUCAUUUAUGACCAGUCCUUAUUCUACCUGUAAUAAUAUUGAUAAUAUAACAAUAAUAGCUAAACAAUAAUUAAUGCUUUAAGACAAAAAUCCAAAGACGUGAUAAUACUUUAACCAUAUUUCCUACAAAAAUAAGCGCUACUGUUUACUUGACGAUGUACUGCUGUUUUUGAAGAAGGAAGGAGUCCCUCUAUCUAAGCUACUGUUUUUUUCUGCCUCUCAUAAGCACACUGGAGACUGUAACCAAAACCCCAAACUAGAGCCAUGGCAGUCUGUAAUAUAGCGGUUGAAGAGUUUUACUUCUCUUGAAAAAUGUUGCCGUUUAUUUUUCUUUUAUACCAUAGUGUUAAACUUCAGCCCUUAAGGAUGUCCAGUUUGCUGCUAAUGUACUGUAGUUUCUAAUGAUAUUGUAGGAAGAUGCAUGCUCUGAUCGCUUUACCACUAGGCUUUAAUGACUACAAACUGUAAUGAUACCUGUGAUGCUGUUGAUAAACUGCCCCUCUGUUAUUCUGUUCACGAUGAAAGGAUAUGUGGGGCUCGAUUCCAUCAAGUUUGUUUUUCAGUGUCUUACUCACUCCUACUCAGAAGAAAAAAAAAAGGCUUUCGUAGACGAGGAACGUGUUUUCAAGCUUCCGCAUUAUUUUGGUGUUCAUUUCUCAAGCUACAUGAAGAUUCUGCGUUGAUAUUUGAAGGAGUUAAGCCCCAAACCUGGUACGGUGUCUUUCUGUGUUGCAGCGUCUUUAGUCAGUAGUCCGGCUGCGACAGCUUUGCGGACUCUGUCCGGCAUUGCAGCCAAGUUUUCCAAAGGAAAUGGACUUACUCUUGUCGUGUUUCGUUCUUAAACCAACCAAUGUUUACGACAAUACCAAUGAGCUUUCUUCUGUGCAGAAAUGUGCAUUCCAAAUACCACAAAGGCAGUUUUUAUUUUCUACAUGGAUGAUUUCAACUUUAAUUUCGCUCUUGUUCUCUUGAUCUUAGUGACUGUAAGAUGUACAUAUUGGAGUCUUUUAUGGUGAAGAGACUCUGUUAUCCUUUCUGUAGGUAAAACGGUUCUUUUACUUUUUCUUUUCUGGAUAUGUUGUUGCCAUAGUGAUGACCAAAAAGAUACCUGUGAUGUGCACCUGUCCUUACGUCCUGCUCCGGUGGUUUAUUGUGUCUCUAUACUCUUCCUAACCCGUUUUCCCUCAGCUGUUGUGUGUUUCUCCUGCCUCUCCUCCCCAUACUCCACUGAGCUAAAUAAAGUCUGCUUUGGUGCA